UUAUUCAUCUUAUAGCUGGGAGUUUAUACCAUUUGACCAACAUCUCCCCAUUUCCUUCAUUCCUCUAUCCCUGGCAAUCACAAUUCUACUUUCUGAUUAUAUGAGUUUGAGCUGCCAAUUCUUUUUGCCCUACAUAAAAUGCAACUCAAAUAUUAGUAACAACCUAUGAAAGUACAGAUAUUUGAUGGACAAAGAAUGAUUUCUUCUUCUUCAAAAUAGAUACAGGGAAUCUAAUGGUAGAACUUCCUAUUGUACCUAUUAUGACAAUCCCAGGAACCCUCAGUAAUACACAGGUACUAGAGAAGAAGGAAAAGAUAAAAUCAACUUCUACAUCUUCACUAUUCUUUGGAGAAUACUAAGACUUGAUGUUUGAUUAUAAGUAAGUGAAUAUUCAAACAUUAUCUCCUCUUUUGAACAAAUAUUUUCAAAUCAUCAAGAGAAAAAGACCCAAAUCUCAAAAGGUCAUGAUGCAAGGAAAUAGGCAUAUAUAUAUAUACCUUCAUCCGGCUUUCAUUUUGACCAUAAACUUGUGCUCUGAAGCUGGAGAAAAAAAUAUCUUGUAGGUUCACUCUUUGCAAUCCAUGAGCGAUUACACACUGGAUCGUGCAAUUUCUUGGAAGCCUCUCACAUGCCUUUUGCUCGGUGAAGUAAUACUUCAUCUCCCUAUUAGAACAUCCUCUUAGCAUUCAUUGAAGGACUGACUGGAAACCGUGCAACAUGGGAGCUACAGGUGCUCCAAUUUUUUGCAUUAAUAAUUUAAUAGGAAGCAUUUUAUUCUUACCUUCGAGAAAACUGAAAAUAUUUCAUUAGAACGAAAUGCUGGCAAAAAAUAAACCCUGAAGGUAUGAAUUUCCUUCUUGUUUCCCUGAGUUCUGUAGGAUAUUUUGUACUUAAUUUAUAUAUCCCUCUAGAAGAUAGGUAAGAUAUAUAUACAAAGAGGCCUAGAAUUUCAAGUGAAGAUGUACAUUAACUGAUACAUUGCUGGAGAAGGAUUAUUUUGAUUAUUUAUUUUUUUUGCUUGGUAAGUAAAGGAAAUAUGGCAAAUCCCUCUUUCCAGAGAUAUCUUCCUUCCCAAGCCCAUAUAUUGCUUUUUAGUUCCAUUAGAUUAAUGAGCCCUGGUUUACUGUGGAUUAAUUCUUUUUGAAGCAACAAAACUUUUCAGCAUAUAUGAGUUUUUGUUGUUAUUUUUGUUGCACAUACAGGAUUUGCUCUAAACUCUGGCAUUGGACAAUUACUAUCCCCAGGUAAUAUUCUCAAACAAGCAGGGUAUGUGUCAAUAAUGAUUUGAAACAAAUCCUUUGUUGAUGAUCAUUCUCUAAGUAAAAUAAAUUAACUGAGAUGGCUGAAAGUAGGGUCUUGAGUAAAUAGGACACAAAAAUGUCUAAAGGACAAAAAGGCAGUUCAUUGUAAUGCAAAAAUAUGUUUCAAACAAGGUAUUAGGGGACAUGAAUCCUCGAAAGUCCUGUGUGAAUGAAUGAAUUUUUCUUUAAAAUAUUAGCAAACUGUUUUGGAUAAGCCAUAGAGCAAAGGAUUUUGCUGACCUGAUUUACUACAUCCUUGUUUAUACAAUCCUAGUGGCAAUGAGAAACAAUAAAUAGCAGUCCUUCCAAUUUAGAUAACAUCUCAAUCAUCAAAUAAAAGAGUUAGCCAUCUACAUGGUCUGACCUAGGAAUCCUGAUAUUAUCUUCCUAUAAAAAAUAUGUCAAGGGACCUCCCUAACUCAGGAUCUUGGAUUCCCACCUUGAAAACACUUCCUCGAUUUACUAAAUAUUCCUUAUAAAAUGCAAAAAUAUUUUCAGGAGUGAAAAACAAAUCAAAAUUCAGCAAAAAUAUAUGACUUUUACUGUUAACCUCUUGAUUAUAAGCUCCAUGAAUGCAAGAUCUUUCAUAUCCACAGCUGUUUCUCCAACAAUUAAGUGACCACUUGACACAAUGAAGAAGUUUAAGAAAUAUUUUUGAAUUAGUUACUUUGCCUAAUGUAAUAGUUCAUAGUAGGUUCCUGAGGAGGAAAAUUGAGUUUUGAUUCAAUAACAACUACUUGGGAUGGAAGUAGUCAAAGAGAGAGAGAGGCAGGAAGUUCCUUAUUUCAGAUUUGCCCAAAUAGGAAAGGCCUAGAUGGGGCUUAGUGAGAUGUAAAAAGAUACUGAAGAUCUGUCCAAAAGCGAGAAAAAGGAACAUGUGGAAAGAGCUGUGAAGAAAGGAAUACGGAAAUCCUCACGAAAAUGUAAAACCUAUCUUUCCAUUUUCCUUGCAGCCAAUGUGACUAGGGCUACCUAGUACAGGCACGCUGAACUUAGCCACAGUCACUCAGACCAGCUGCUCUCCCUUAGGUCAACUGACAAAAUGGGCAUAUCUAGUGCGUGAAAGUAUAGCAAAAUAUCUAGCCAGAGCAAUUUAGAGGCCAAGGUGUAGAACUCUUUCUCACAGUGUAUAGUGCAUCCAGUAGCCUAAAAAGGAAAAGAAGCAUUUUUUAUAUUAAACAGUGGUAUAGAUACAUGAAAUAGCAGAAAGACGAUAUACCCUGGAAUGAUAGAGGUAUUUUUUAAUAUCAUUUAAAACACCAUGAGUAACCUGGAGGAACUGAAAAUGAAAAUCAAGAUUAAUUUAUGUCCUGUCAUGGCACUACAUUGAGACAAAGUCUUUUAAAAUAUCUUGAUUUUUUUUUUAUUAUAUCAGUUAUAAAUCAUAAAGAAUCAGGUAUCCAUAGUACUGUUGAAAGAGGUUCACGUGCACAAAAAUGUAGUAUCAAUAGUGCCGGUAAAUAGAUGAAAGAGUAGACUAAUAUAGGUAAUUUAGCAGAAUCACAAAAGUUUAGUCUAGUCUAGUGUCUUUAGAAAGGUAAUUUAGCAGAAUCACAAAAGUUUAGUCUAGUCUAGUGUCUUUAGAAAGGUAAAAAUUUGUCUCUGAUUCAUGUUUCCCUCUUUUCUAUUAUUGUGACUUUUGAAAGUUAAAUAUGUUCAGAGGCUCAGUCAUAAAAGUCAGUUUUGCUGCUUAAGCAAAGUGUGUUUACUACUUUAUGAAACAAAAGAUUUUAAAAUUUGGUGUUUUCAGGAAAAACCAAUAUACUCCACUAAAAUGCAAUAACCAAUGUCAUCUCCAUGCCUUCCCGACUAAUGAAUGUGUCCAGCAGAGAAACCACCAGCUCUAUCAGCCACUUCAUCCUCAUGGGCUUUCCCUCAAGCCCAGAAAUUCAGUUCCUCUACUUUGGGCUCUUCUCAGGAGCCUAUAUCUUGACCCUGUUGGGGAAUGCAGCCAUCAUCUGUGCUGUGUGUUGGGACUGGCGUCUUCACACUCCCAUGUACAUCUUCUUGGGGAAUUUCUCUCUCUUGGAAAUAUGUUAUGUUACUACAACCAUCCCUAACAUGUUGGCUAACUUCCUGUCCACUAGCAAGUCCAUCUCCUUUGUGAGUUGUUUUACACAGUUCUACUUCUUCUUCUGUUUUGGGUAUGAUGAAGGCUUCUUCCUUUGCAUCAUGGCCUUUGACAGGUACCUUGCCAUCUGCCGUCCUCUACAUUACCCACACAUUAUGUCUAAGCAGCUAUACACUGGUCUUGUCAUCUUCGGAUGGUCAUGUGGGUUCAUCCUCUUCCUAACCCCAGUUGUUCUCAUUUCACAGCUGCCCUAUUGUGGUCCAAAUAUCAUCAAUCAUUUUGUGUGUGAUCCUGUCCCAUUGAUGAUGCUGUCCUGUUCUGCAGACAUCAUCACUCAGCUCACUUACUCUACUUUCAAUGCUGUUUUCAUGAUUGGAACCCUUCUCUUUAUCCUUUGCUCCUAUGCUCUGGUGAUUCUGGCUGUGCUCCGGAUGCCCUCAGAGGCUGGCAAAUGCAAGGCUUUCUCAACUUGUGCUUCUCAUCUGGCAGUUGUCACCUUGUUUUAUGGCUCCAUUUUGGUGAUGUAUGUUAGUCCUGGAUCAGGACAUCCAAUGAAAACUCAGAAAUUCAUUACCUUGUUUUAUUCUGUGAUAACACCUCUAUGCAAUCCUCUAAUAUAUAGCCUCAGGAACAAGGAAAUGAAGGCUGCUCUGAGGAAAAUGUUCAGGACUGAACAAGGUGUCCAUAAAAUAUGAAUGAGAGCCAAAUUCCAUCUCUCAAAUGCAACUUACGCUAAUAAGACAUGAGUGAUAUAUUUAACUAUAAAUUCAUUGUUUUAUCAAGAAAGAAGUAUAAUGAGGAUCCAUUAUAAUCUUAAACACCACUCACCACAAGAUUCAGCAGUGUUAUUUCAGGAAUAUAUUUUAACGAAUGAAUUCAAUUUUGUUUUGAAGUUAAUAUCAAGUGAGCGAAAUUUUACAUACCUAAGCCAACUAUUCCCUCUAUAUGUAAUUCACUUUCUAACAAGAAGACAGAGUUCUGCUUUGUAUAAUCUAGUUGAAUCAACCAAUACACAUGUAGUAGAGAUCAUAAAUUUCUUUGAGGAUUAACACUAUAAGCCAAUAAUUCUCCACUGGAACAUAUUGACUGAUAAAGAAGGCUCAAGUUUGAAGGAAGUCCACUUGCUGGAGUGUAGCAUGUGUCGUUACUUUCAGGAAACAGACUAAUAGCCUUAGUGGGAUAUUAGUGAUUUUUCAGAGUGUACAGGACAAGGAUUAAGAAUUUAAAGUGCAUUAGUUCCCUGGAAUAUAGGAAGGAUAAGAGCUAAACAUAAAGACCAGGGCAUUAUUCAGGGCAUAACUCACUGCAGGGUAAAUCCAGUUUAAACAACAGCUUCUAGUACCAUAUGUGGUUUAGUGUUAGUCCUGUGUGACUUAUUUUAAUACUUCCAUAAGCAUCCUUAAAACCAUUUCUAUAAAAUGUUUAAUUAACAUUGUUGCUUUAGCUAUGACUUUUAUUUUGUACUGUUACCACUUUUUUCAAACAUGACUCCACAAAACAUAAUUAAAAGGAAUCAUCAUAUAAAGUGCAAUUUAUAGAAUUUUAAUUUGUAGUCUUCAAGAAGUCAUUUGCUACACAAAGUGAGGUGCAGCAACAAUUGGAUUUCAUUUAUUAAGGAACCUGGGUUGAGAAUAUUAUCUGAGCUUGAAUGUCAGGAUUUCUAAGUUCUGAAAAAGAAGUCACUGUCUUUAUUCUGCUUCAAUAAGAAAAAAUUAAAUAGCUAAACAAUUGCUUGUAAACUACUUUGAAUUGGAAGAAAAUGUAAACAAUUUUUAACUUCACACAAACUAAUUUCAAUGGUAGGUUUAAAGUGCUGAUCAUUUUAAUGCUGAUUUUCAUCUCUGGAGCUUAAGGAGUGUCCAUGCCAGUUCCAUUCAUCUUUCUUAAUUAUAUAAGAUAAAGGGAUAAGAAUUAAUGAUUCUUAAUAAAAUAUUGUGUUGAUUAUUAUGAAGGUAUACAGUGCCUAUAUUUGUAAUUGUCUUUUACAAUUAUUAGUUAAUUAUUAGCCAAGUUUUCUUCACUCGUCUUAAAUUCUACCUCAUUUAAGUUUGCCACCACUUGAUAGACUUGUAAAUUAUUUGGUACAUUAAGAAGCAUUUCCUUAAGAGA